GACGGUUGUCCCUACAUUUUGCGAUGUGUUCACGGUCCUGUCCCGCGGCUGGUGCAAUGUCAUCUCGCUAGCAAGGCACUGACAGGAGGAGAGGAGCGGGGACCGGGCAGCAGACGACGACCUCUGUUUCACCACACAUGCCUCGCCGAGCCUCGGUGGUGUCGGCGAAGGGAGAAACCCCGCAGUGUUGCUCGUGUUACUGGUGUGACUCACACUGAAAACCCCAGGAGGAACUGUUUUCCACCUCGACAGGACCACCGCUCGUGACGUGCAUGUGUCGAAACCAUCCUUUUUUCAGCUCCAUUAUUAGCAUUCACCAGAGUCUCACGGGGGUUGACGAACAGGUCGAUAGUCCAAUCAGGAGGGCCAGAAGUCCGCGCUGGACCAAUCAGAGAAGAGAAAGAGAAGGCUGACGGGACUGAGCCCUGUGUACUGAUCAAAAUGACCAUCGCGAGACAAUUUGGACUGCUGGUUUGGAAAAACUAUCUUCAGCAGAAACGACAAAUCCUGGUGACUCUGGUGGAGAUACUCCUGCCUCUGCUCUUCUCCGGCAUCCUCAUCGUGCUGCGUCAGAAGGUGCCUUUCAAGGACUACCCCAACGCCACGGUCUAUGAGAGCUACGCUGUCGACACUCUCCCCAAGUCGUUCCUGCAGCGCUUGCAGCUGGCCUAUGUGCCCGUUAACUCCAGUGUGGUGCGUCAUGUGGCAGAGGAUGUGCGAGGCAGCCUGUCUAUCUCCUCAGUGCGUGGGUUUGAAACGGAGGAGCAGUUUGAGGAAUACGUGAGAAAUAACCCUCUGUCUGGGAAGCUGCUGGCUGCUGUGGUGUUCGAGCACCCUUUCAGCCAUGAUGAUGAGCCUCUGCCCCUGAAGGUGAGCUACCACCUGCGGUUCUCCUUCACCCCGCGCAAUGCCCCACCCAAGGAGAAGUCGGAGCUGAACCCGAACAGUGACCUGGAUUGGCACACACUCAGCCUCUAUCCCCUUUUUCAACUGCCAGGGCCAAGAGAGCAGUUUGACAAGGACGGGGGCACGCCAGGCUAUUAUCGAGAGGGUUUUCUGGCGGUGCAACAUGCAGUGGAUCGAGCCAUCAUGCGCUCUUACAACAGGACUGCUGCUGCCCCUCUGCUGCGACAGAUCAGAGUGGUCCUGUCACGGUUUCCAUACCCUGCCUUUAUAUAUGACGUGUUCAUCCUGGCCAUUCAGAACCAACUGCCCCUGUUACUGGUGCUCAGCUUCACGUACACCUCCCUCAACAUAGUGCGAUCCGUUGUGCAGGAAAAGGAAAGGAAGCUCAAGGAGUACAUGAGGAUGAUGGGCCUCAGCAACUGGCUCCAUUGGAGCGCCUGGUUCCUCAUGUUCUUCCUCUUCCUAUCCAUUUCCGUCUUUUUUGUCACCUUGCUGCUCUGUAUCCGGGUGAGCCCUAACGGCGCAGUGCUGUCCUACAGUGACCCCACCCUGGUCUUUGUCUUCCUGCUCCUCUUUACUGUGACCACCAUCAACUUCAGCUUCAUGAUUAGUGCCUUCUUCUCACGAGCCAAUGUGGCGGCAGCAGCGGGCGGCUUCAUUUAUUUCCUGAGCUACUUGCCUUAUUUGUUCCUGUGGCCACGCUACGACUUACUGAGCCAUGCCCAGAAGGUGUCAGCCUGCCUAAUCUCCAACGUGGCCAUGGCCAUGGGUGCUCAGCUCAUCGGAAUGUUUGAAGGCAAAGGUACAGGAAUCCAGUGGUCUAACCUGUUUGACUCGGUCACGGUGGAUGAUGACUUCUCUAUGGCCCAGGUUCUGGCCUUGCUGCUGUUUGACUCCAUCCUUUAUGGGUUGGUAGCUUGGUACAUGGAGGCAGUAUUUCCUGGGGAGUACGGAGUGCCUCUACCAUCGUACUUCUUUGCACUGCCUUCAUACUGGUGCAGCAGCCCUCGCAUGGCAUUCGUGAAUGAGAAAGAGGAAGAGGAGGAUGCAGAAAAGGCUCUUAAAGGAGAGUUUAUUGAGGGGGAGCCAGCUGGACUAGUCUCUGGGAUCAAGAUCAAACACCUUAAUAAGGAGUUCAAAGUGGGCAACAAGACACGGAAAGCAGUGCGUGAUCUUACGCUGAAUAUGUUUGAAGGACAGAUUACAGUGCUGCUAGGACACAAUGGUGCAGGAAAGACCACGACGCUGUCCAUUCUGACAGGUCUUUUUCCUCCCACCAGUGGCAGGGCCUAUAUCAAUGGUUACGACAUCUGUCAGGACAUGGCUCUGAUCCGCCGAAGCCUGGGGCUCUGUCCCCAGCAUGAUGUACUGUUUGAUAACCUCACAGUCAGAGAGCACCUGCUCUUUUACGCGCAGUUGAAAGGCUUCUCCAAAGAAAAGAUUCCCGAUGAGGUGGACAGAAUCCUUCGUGUCCUGAACCUGGAGGACAAGCGGCAUGCUCGCUCCAAGACCCUCUCUGGUGGCAUGAAGAGAAAACUCUCUAUUGGCAUUGCCCUCAUUGGAGACUCCAAGGUUGUGAUGUUAGAUGAACCCACAUCUGGUAUGGACCCAUCAGCUCGGCGUGCCACCUGGGACCUCCUGCAAGGGGAGAAAAGUGGCCGCACCAUUCUCCUCACCACACACUUUAUGGACGAGGCGGACCUACUUGGUGACCGCAUCGCCAUCAUGGCAGGAGGAGAGCUGCAGUGCUGCGGGUCACCACUCUUCCUUAAGAACAAAUAUGGUGCUGGCUACCACAUGGUGAUAGUAAAGGAUGCUCUCUGUAAUGUGUCCGAGAUCACCCGCCUUGUCCACUUGUAUGUUCCCAAUGCCACUCUGGAGAGCAGCGCCGGAGCUGAGCUCUCUUAUAUUUUGCCCAAAGAAAGCACCAGCAGGUUUGAGCUGCUGUUUGCUGAGCUGGAGAUGAACAGAGACGAAUUGGGUAUCGCCAGCUAUGGAGCUUCUGUAACCACCAUGGAAGAGGUUUUCCUCAGAGUGGGAAAGCUGGUGGAUUCUAGUUUGGACAUCCAGGCCAUCCAGCUGCCCGCCCUGCAGUACCAACAUGAGAGACGGUCCCAUGACUGGACAACAGAUGAUGCCAGCAGCAUCAGUGGCAUGACCGAUGUUACCGACUUCACAGACAGUGGCACUCUCAUCUCAGAGGACUGCUCUAACAUCAAACUUAAUACAGGGGUCAGACUGCACAUGCAACAGUUCUAUGCCAUGUUCCUGAAGAGGGCAUUGUACAGCUGGAGGAACUGGAAGGUGAUGGUUGCUCAGUUCCUGGUUCCUUUGGUCUUCACUGUCGUGGCCUUAGUUGUGGCACAAACUUUUCCCAAUCACCAUGAUGCUCCCCCGCUGAAGCUGGCACUCAGGCGCUACGGUCCCACUAAGGUCCCUUUGGCUUUUCAGCCUGGGGCAAGUCCCUUUGUGUCUGCCCUGGCAAACGCAUACGCAACACAGCUCUCUGACCAGCUAGGCCAACUCAUCAACAUCACCGACUUUACUGAUUACAUCCUGACCCAGGCAGAGGAGGAGGGCAGCAGCUUUAAUGAGCGCUGUGUGGUGGGUGCUGCUUUCCGCGGCAGCAGCCUGUAUACUGAAGCAACUGCCUACUUCAACAAUGAGGGCUACCAUACACCUGCCACUGCUCUCAUGAUGGUGGACAAUGCUCUGUUCAAGUUUCUAGCGGGGCCAAAUGCUUCCAUCCAGACUGGAAAUUACCCCAUGCCCCGCAACCUGUCUGAGAUUGCCCAGAGUCAGCUCACAGAGGGUAAGACUGGGUUUGCCAUCGCCAUCAACCUGAUGUACGGUAUGGCCUCUCUGUCCAGCACCUUCGCCCUGCUGCUUGUUACAGAGUCCUCCAUUAAAUCCAAGCAUGUGCAGCAGGUCAGCGGCGUCUACCUGUCAAACUUCUGGUUUUCAGCCCUGCUGUGGGACCUUGUCAACUUCCUGCUGCCUUGUCUCCUCAUGUUGGUGGUUUUCCGGGCGUUUGGAGUCCAGGCUUUCGUCGAGGACAACCACCUUGUGGAUGUGUUGCUGUUGCUGCUGCUCUACGGCUGGGCUGUUGUGCCUCUUAUGUACCUACUCAGCUUUUUAUUCUCCACUGCUGCUGCUGCCUACACUCGCCUCACCAUCUUCAACGUGAUCUCUGGCACUGCCACCUUCCUGGCUGUCUCCAUCAUGACCAUCCCAGAGUUGAAGCUGCAGGACAUGUCACGCUUACUUGAUAAGGUGUUCCUGAUCUUCCCAAACUACUGCCUUGGAAUGUCCUUCAGCCAAUUCUACCAGAACUACGAAUUCAUGUCUUUUUGUACCUCCAGUCCAAUCAGCAAGACAGUCUGCAAGUACUUGAACAUCACAUACCAGGAAAACUACUUCUCUAUGUCGGAGCCUGGUGUGGGGCGCUUCCUUGUGGCCUUUUCAGUUCAAGGAGUGGUCUUCAUUAUUCUGCUGUUUGUCAUCGAGCUGCAGUUUGUCCGCACUAUCCGGAGAUUUCUCACCUCCCUGGUCAGACGACAGAAAAAGUUCUCUCAAAAUGCAGUGCUCCUUCCAGAGGACAGAGACGUGGCUGAAGAGAGGAAGAGGGUCUUUGAGUGCCAGCCAAUAAUAGAGUCUAUGGUUGGUAGCCCGCUCAUACUGCAGGAGCUCAGCAAGGUGUACAGCAAUGGGCCAAAUCUCCUGGCUGUGGACAGGCUGUCUCUAGCUGUAGGGAAAGGGGAGUGUUUUGGCCUCCUAGGCUUCAAUGGAGCGGGGAAGACCACGACCUUUAAGAUGCUGACAGGCGAUGAGAGCAUUACCUCCGGGGACGCUUACAUUGACGGAUACAGCAUCUUGAGGGACAUUAAGAAGGUGCAGCAGCGCAUCGGCUAUUGUCCUCAGUUUGACGCCGUGUUGGACCACAUGACGGGACGAGAAACUCUGUGUAUGUCUGCCCGGCUCAGAGGCAUACCAGAGAGGUACGUGUCCGGCUGUGUGGAGAAUGUCCUGAGGUCACUGCUGCUGGAGCCUCAUGCUGAUAAACUGGUCCGCAGCUACAGUGGCGGUAACAAGCGGAAGCUGAGUGCGGGCAUGGCUCUGAUUGGUGGGCCACCAGUCAUAUUCCUGGAUGAACCUUCCACGGGGAUGGACCCUGUGGCCAGGAGGUUGCUGUGGGAUUCUGUCACACGCACACGGGAAUCUGGCAAGGCCAUAAUCAUCACUUCUCAUAGCAUGGAGGAGUGUGAGGCGCUGUGCACCAGGCUGGCAGUGAUGGUCAACGGUCAGAUCAAAUGUCUCGGGAGUCCCCAACACCUGAAGAGCAAGUUUGGCAGUGGCUACACUCUGCUGGCCAAAGUGCACAUAGAGACCGAGGUGGAGGACAGUGACCUGCAUCUAUUUAAAGACUUCAUUGAAAGCACCUUUCCAGGAAGUCAACUCAAGGAUGAACACCAGGGAAUGGUGCACUAUCACUUGACUGACAAAACACUUACCUGGGCCCAGGUAUUUGGUACUUUGGAGGCAGCCAAAGAGAAAUACCAAAUUGAAGACUACUGUGUGAGCCAGAUAUCACUGGAGCAGGUGUUCCUCAGCUUCGCCCAGUUCCAGCACUGCACGGAGACUGCGAGGAAGUAGUUGGGAGCGUGCAGUCCGUCCCUCCGUCGUCCAUUUUGGAAUGUGUAGGACCUGUGUACAUGGACGUUUACGCAGCAGUUGUGAACACAGGGCUGGAGUAGAGCGUGACCUAUCUCCAGCUCCAUUUUUACCUAGACCAAUAAUACACUCACACACAUACCCACACACUGGGCCAGUCACCAAUCAUCCACCUCAGCAUCUCUACUACUGUAUCCUGUUGAUGUGUCCUUCAAGCCGCAGUUGUUAUUGUUGAUGUGUGAUGAGAAAGUAGCAGCACUGGGAUCAUGGCAUUUGGAGACGCUGAUCAUUCCAAGCAAUGAACUUUGGACCUUCUUUGUGAGGUCAAAGGCAACAACACCACUCAUUAGAUACUACCACUACCCUGAAUUGUGUGUAUGACUGUGUGUGUGUGUGUGUGUGCACUUGAGCUGUGUACAAGCUUGUCUUUUUGUUAUUUAUGAUUUAUUUUAUGACUUUUAUUUUUUAUUUUUUUAUGACUAGAGCUUAAGCUUUGCGUUGGUAAUCAUCACGAGAGAGUGAACCGCUCUAUUUGAUACGUUUAUGAAAUUGUUGCACACCAUUGCGCCUUAUCUAACUAAUGAGGGUUUGUUUAUUUAUAUUGCUCCGUACAAAAUGUUGUUGCCAGAUGUAAAUAAUGUGGCGUGUUCAUGGUACGAAAACCACUUACUCAUUCAGAGCAGAGCAGAACCGUUACUCCUUUUAAGACUUUAAGACUUUUGGCUCAUUAAUGAAUGCAUGCAUAAAAUCAACUUACCGAGCGCAUGAUGAUGACUAUGACGAACACUGGAAGACCGUAUUUUUAGCUGGGGAUCAGUCCUCAGAAUACAUGUAGUCCAGUCUGAGUACAUAUAGUAUGCAAGUCGCGGCAGCAGUUCAUAUCCAGCCAUUACAGUUUACGCGGAAGCUGCUUAGAAGAGAAUCGCUGUGUGACGCAGGUGGUGAUUUUCAAAUGAUGAUUGAAGUCUUGACCUCAAGUUGUAUUUGACCACGUGUGAUUGAUUUCGUCCCAGAACAGCGAGACUGCGAUGACCUUUGAGGUGUUUUUUUGAACAUUGACUUACUUUCUUAAUUUUUCACAGCUAUGCAUUCCAUACGGUAAACCUGUGUGUUUCAGUGUGUGUCGGUGCUUGUGUGUGGGAGUGGGAGCAAGAGUGUGACAUCACAUUAUUCCUGAAUCCGUCCAGACUAUACAAAAUCAGUGCUAUGAUAGUCCUUUACUAUAUGAAAACCGAGAGAUUGUUACUGUGCAGUGGAUGAACUUUACUGCCGUGUCAAGUUUAAUGAAGAGUUGCUUCUUGAGGAAAUGUCAGUAAAAACAAUUAAAAAAACAGUGGUAUGGACAGUAAAAGAGAACUCAGCCCAGUCACCACGUUCCUAAAGCCUUGUUUGAACCUGUACAAAGAUGUGUGUAUUCUAUAGGAUCAUUAAGAAUGACAUUGUAAGCCCCCCCCUGCCACAAUUUUUUUUUUUCUGUCUGUCAUCCGUGCUUUAGACCAAUGUGCUUAUCUGGGAAAAAUUAACAAUGAUGUUAACUCUCGUGAGCAGAUCUUUUCUUGAACAGACAAAAAAAUCAAUCUGGCUUCACAGAAGUGAGAUGAAUGUAUUUAUCGUAUUUCAUGAAAGCAAAAAAGCACUCGCGUUAAUCAAAUUUAUCACUAUCUCAAUAUGAUUUACAGCACUUUUCUUCAUGUCAUCAAAUGUGUGUAAGAAGAAAAAAAAAAAAAGGUAGAGACUAAUGUUCCAGGAAGACACAUUUGUGGCUUAUUGGUCUUAAAAUGAUUUAAUCUCUUAAUUUUGACAUUUGUUAUAUUUGGUUAUCUACACAAUUCAUGUCUCAUUACAUGUACUGUGUGACUUGAAUCAAUUGCAAUGUUGGAUAUGUAGUUAAAACAAAAAACAUGGAGAGUUUUGCACUGCUGAUAUUAUAAAGAAAUGAGUUAUGCUGAAAUACAGUGUAUCAUAUUUAAAAGGGGAAUUUACACCAGUGUAAUUGUGUACUGUACUGUACCAUGGAACUGACCUUGUCAUAUAUGUGUCGGGAUUCUUUUUAAAGUAAAUAAUGCUUUAUGCAAAUAGAAGCAAA